UGUUGAGUGAACUUGAUGGCAUCACUCCCCAACCUCUGCUGUGUGGCUGGGUCAUGGUGAAGCCUCCUGGUGAUGACCUGUGGACGGUGGGACUGUUCUCUGGUUUGGUCAUGCCAGUGUAUGAGGUUCUGGAGUCUAAAUUGAAGACUGCCAGUAUCGACGGAGUAAGAGGUCUCGUUUGUAAUGCCUUUCAACAAUUGCGGCUCUUUCACCAAGCAGGCUAUGUGCAUGGGGACGUCAAGAUGGAGAACUUCCUGGUCGGAGCCGAUGACGCCGGAGGAUCUCGAGUGCUGGUCGCCGAUGUAGAAGGAUCGUGCAAGGGUGGAGAAGGGCUGACAGAGAAGUUCAUUGCCACCAUCCGCUUUGCAUCAAUCUCUACAUUGGGUCAUUUCCUAGCUUGUUCAGAGGAUGUGGCUGCUUCCCUGGUUACCCCAAUUGCCCCUGAAGCUGCGAACAAGGGGAUGGACUACUGGUCAUUUGGAAUGAUGUUGCUGGAGAUAUACUGUCCUGAGUAUCUCGAAGCGCAUUUUCCCAUUGAUAGCCUAGUUGACAGGUUGAAGGGGAAGAAAAAGGCAGAAGAGCUUGUAAUUCUGGAGCAGAUUAGACAGGCUUACACGAAGUAA